UUGACGGCAAAAAAAAGUCUCUCACUGUUAAUCACUAAACUUUGCUCCGAUCAGCUACAGACUGCAACUGUGGGGAGAGGGAGAUAACUUAAAGGGGAAGUAAAAGGCCGGUAGGCCUGAAGUUAUCAAUCAGUUCAGCAUCCUCCUUGUUUUGUUUCUUCACCUUGCCUCUGCUCCUAGCUCGUUACAGCUGCCAUCCAUGGGGAUUCCUUCUUUCUACAAGUGGCUUGUGACCAAAUACCCAAGCAUCGUCUCCUCCGCAAAGGAGGAACCAGAGGGGAGCCCUGAUGGCGUCAUCUAUGACAACCUCUACCUCGACAUAAAUUGCAUCAUCCACCAUUGCUUCCACCCGCAAGACAGCAUGCAUGCAGACAUAGAUGUGUGCCCUCCGACGACGGUCACCGAGGUCUUGGAGUCCAUUUUCGAGUACUUGGAUCGCCUGUUCCGCAUCGUCAGGCCGAGAAGGCUCCUCUACUUGGCAGUAGAUGGCGUUGCUCCUUGCGCCAAAAUGAACCGAAUGCGACGGGGACGUUUCCACUCUGCUUGGCUAGCAAGGGAUGAGGCGCUUGAAGAGGAAGAGAUGCGGAGGGAAUUAAGAGCUCGACCAUGCUUCCAUUUACAGGCGCUUGAAGAGGAAGAGAUGCGGAGGGAAUUAAGAGCUCAAGGGAAGGAGGUGCCACCGCCAGAGAUUUCAGAGGUUUCUGACCCCAAUGUCAUCACACCAGGGACUGAAUUCAUGGAGAAGCUAUCACAAGCGCUCCAAUACUACAUCCGUGCCAGACUGAAUACUGACCCGGGGUGGAAAGACAUAAUGGUCAUACUCUCUGAUGCAAAUGUUCCCGGAGAAGGAGAGCACAAGAUCAUGUCUUUCAUCCGUGCACAACGCAGCAUGGAAGGCUGAGUCUAUGACCCCAACACUCGACACUGCUUGUAUGGGAAUGAUGCAGAUCUGAUAAUGCUUGCUUUGGCAUCUCAUGAGGUCCACUUCUCUAUUUUGCGUGAGGAUGUGCCACUCCCAAAUCAGGCAGAAACAGAAGGGAAACCAAAUAAACCUUAUCAGUUUUUGAACAUAUGGGUUCUGAGAGAGUACUUGGAAAUUGAAUUGAAGAUACUGGACCCAGUUUGCGAGCCUGACAUUGAGAGGCUAAUAGAUGACUUCAUCUUUAUUUGUUUCUUGAUGGGAAAUGAUUUCAUUCCACAUAUUCCAUCACUUGAGACACAUGAGUGUGCGGUCGAUCUUCUCAUUGAAGUGUACAAAACAACCUUCAACAAGAUGGGAGGGUAUAUUGUGAACACAGAUAAAGUCAAAGAUAAGCAUGGUUCAUAUCUAGAAAUCUCAAGGUUGGAAAUAUUUUUUCAUGAACUGUCCUUGUAUGAAGAGAAAAAUUUUCUCAAAAGAUAUGAGCUGAGAAAGGAUUUGUUGAAGAAGGUAUAUCGUGAAAUGUUGUGUGAAGCUUCAGAAAGUGAAAGACCAGAGCUGAGGCGAAAACUAGAUGGCUACCUUGAAGACCACCCGUACGACAGAAUAAGAAGACUGGGAUUACCAGGAUGGAAAUCCUGGUUCCACAGGGAAUAUUUUGGCCUCAAAACUUCCAAUGAAAUUGUAAACCUGCAGAACGACAUGGCUCAGAAGUAUUUAGAAGGACUUUGCUGGGUGUUUCAAUGCUAUUUUGCGGAUGUACCAUCAUGGAGCUGGUACUACCCAUUCUAUAUUGCUCCUUUCGUAUCUGAUCUCAAAGGUCUUUCUCGGUUUCAGAUAUCUUUCGCUUUGGACAAACCACUGCGUCCAUUUGAUCAGCUCAUGGCAGUUUUGCCUUCACGAAGCUGGCUUAACCUCCCAUACUGUUACUGCUGCAAAUUUAUGGGAGGUGAAGAAUACUGUCCGAAUUUGCAGACUGACAUGAAUGGGAGACGUUUCUUGUGGACUGGUAUCUCUGAGGAACGGCUGCUUGCGAGCACCAAAGCGGCAGACGAAGAGCUGACGAUGGAUGAGAUGAGAAGGAAUACUACUCGGCAAGACAAGAUCUUUCUGCACAGGAACUCAAACGCUACAGGACAUGCACAUAUUAACAGAGUUAUUAUACAGACAUCAUACUGUCCACUGCAGAAGCUUCCGAUAGAUUCAGCUACGAGUGGAAUUGGAGGGUGGUUGUCAUCUGAUGACAAUGCUGGUGGGCUGAGCAACAGUUUGUUUCCCUCUCCCAUCAAAAAUCUGCAGGACAUCACAAAUGAUCAGGCAAUAUCAGCCACGUUCUUCAACAGUUCAACCCUGAGGCAGUGAAUCCAAUUCCAAGACUACUUAGCAAUGUCAGGGUACCUGAUAAGACUGUCACGGGAGCUGAUAUCUCAAAGAGGCCACUCUGGCACACGUACCCGGGCUCAAGGCUGCCACGGCCCAUGUAAACCUUUUCAUUGUUCGAUUGAUCUCAAUGUCACCGAGAUGAGAUGAACACAUACGGUUCCUACGGCCGAUUGCAGGGUUCAGAGGCCGGAUUCUAUCUGGAAGCCGAGCACGCCGGCGACGCCGCGGGAAGAGCACAAGCACGCCGGCACGGGGUGGGCGGGGCGCGGCAGAGGGAACAACGCCAUUGCCGCCGCCCAGGCGCAGCAGCUCGCCGCCAGGAGCAGCAGCUACGGGCAUGGCACUGCCGCCGACACGCCCCGGAGCAGCAGCAGCUGCUACAGCUAUAGGAAAACCUGUUUCCAUCGGGUGGACAUGCCGCGAAGCAGCUGGUUCGACAACGAGCCUGGAGGUGCGCAGCCGCGUCGUUGGUAGGACACUCAUCCCGGGAAUCAGAUGUGCAUAGACUUGUUCGUCUCGUCUACAGAGUUGUUCAUCUCACCGCCGUAUAUAUAAAUGUAAAUACGUAAUGUUUGGGCAUUUACUUCUCGAGAUGAAAUAAAUAAAAUACUUUGUGGCUAAAUUAAAUGUUUCAAA